CGAUCGCUGGGAGUCGCGAAGCCGAAACGGCACGAGACGAUGGAGAACACGUGGAAAAUGAUUACGGAGAAGAAGGCAAUGCCGUUGUCUAGGCACCUGAAGAAAUCAGAGACUUUUAAGGACACAUGGGAGAAUCAGGUGAUCGUGGAUUCGCUGGCUGAGCCGUCGCCGGUGGUGAAGAAAUCGCAAACGUUCAAGGACCGGACCAAUUUCCAGCUGUCAGCAGCGCAAGUGAGCUCCUCCCCGGCUUCAGUACUGAGUCUGAGAAAGGAGCCGUCGCUGAGUCAGGACGAGUUGAAUCGGCGAGUGGAGGCAUUUAUAAAGAAUUCAACGAGGAGAUGAGGUUGCAGAGGCAGGAAUCGCUUAAUCAGUAAAAGGGAAUGAUUGAC